AUGAGCUGUGCCACUGACAGCGGCUGCACCUGCGAAUCGGAUGAACUCGCCUGCACGGAUUCAGCUGGAAAGACUGAGUGCUAUGCGAAGGAAUGGUACGGAGAAUCCUGCCCUUUGACGUGCAACUACGACACGGAGAACUGGUGCUACCGCGUAGGAUUCGACUCUCAAGGCUUUAUGACGUGGACCGAGUACUGCUACACCAAGACAAGUGCAGAUGAUUGGUAUUGCCCAGUGAUUUGCAACGAGGACACGGCCAAGACCUGUGGAUCUGGUGAUUUUGCAGAAUGUGUCCCGUUGACAGACGAAUGCCCAGAGAUUUGCACCUCUGACCAGCAGACUUGCUGGGUGGCCAACUAUGACACCUCAGGCAACUACUUGAGUGGCACUGACAAGUGCUGGCCAAAGGACCAAGACUGCCCCUGUGGUGAGAACACCGAACUAUGCACCUUUGAUGGCUGGUCAUAUUGCGAGUCAAGCUACUAUGGUUGCCCGCUGGUUUGCGCAGCGGAUGAGAAGUACUGCUACCCCAUGUCCUUCACGCCUGAAGGUGAAUACGAUUGGGAUGCACCUGUCCAAGAAUCCUGUGCGAAAUUGAAUGCCACAUGUCCUUGUGGUGCGAACGCCAAACCUUGCAAAUGGACGGAUGAGUGGGGUCUCGAAGAGGAGUGGUGCUUCGCAGAAGUUGAAUCAUGCCCGGUCACCUGCACGUCGGACCAGAAGAGGUGCUACCAGACAGAUUACAACUCCUCCGGAUAUCCGGAGAGAUUCUCUGAGAGCUGCGUCUCGCAGACCCGGUCGUGCCCGUGCGGAACAAACUCUCAAGAAUGCUACGACCCAAUCUUUGGCGAGACCUAUUGCUAUCCCUUGGCAGACUUCUGGUUGAAGGAAGCGCUUAGCUGCCCUUUGUACUGUUCCGACUCGGAAGACUACUGCUACAUUCCCAGCUACGAUGCCAAGGGCAAUUGGAUCAAAACAACGGGUGUGGGGAUCAUGGACAGAAUGCCUGCCAACCGCGACCGGCUAUUGCCCAGCAACCUGCGCCGAUGCGGCUUGGAACGUGGAGAAGUGGCCUGCGACUUGGUGGAAGACUACCUGCCCAACGGCACCUCCUUGGGAUGGGUUCAGCCUUCCGUGAAAUGCGCUGCAAGCCACGAUCAAUGCGGCAAAGAGGCUUCGCGCUGUCCGAAGGAGGGCUGCAUCUUCAAGGACGAAGGUUGUGCUGUGGAGUGUGCUGCGAAUGAGAAGAAGUGCUACUUGGCGGACUACACUGCGGAUGGCUCCUUCAUCAGCGAUCAAGAACAGUGUGUGCCUGCCGCGGACACAUGCCCGUGCGGGAAGAACACCGCAAAGUGUGCCAACAGCGACCUGUGCUUGCUACCAUUCGAGAAGGAUUUGGUUUGUCCUUGCAAGGCCUCAGAGACCGAGUGCUCAGUCACCGACUACAACAAGGAUGGUGAGCCCAGCGGCUUUUCCACGCAAUGCGUAAAGGAGGGCACCGCCUGUCCCUGUGGCAAGAACACCAUCAGCUGCCCUGAUCCAAAUGACGCCUUGCUGAAGAUGUGCGUUCCAAGCAGCCAGCACAAGCGAUGUCCAAGCCCCUGCACCGCUGAUGCGAUCCUGGCAGGCAACCAGACUUGUGUGCUGACGAAUAUGGACAGCAAUGGCAACUUCAAGUCUGAGACUAUCACCUGCAUCGGUGCCAAUGAGACCUGCGGCAUCGGUGAGGGAAUGAAGCGUUGCCCUUCGGGAGCGACGAUAGCAGUUGAUACGACAUGUGUCAAUUUGUACGGCACUGCCGGAAGCACUCGCCGACUGCAAAGCACCAGCGCCCAGCGUGAGACGUGCAAUGCGAUCAUCACCAUGACCAGUUUGCGAUCGGAUGCGAAGUCCAAAGCCGAGACAGUCAGGGUGAAGAUGAACAGUGUACUGCAAAUCCCCAGCAGCCUGAAGACUUCCCUUGCUAUCAAGAGCGCUGCGACAACGCGCCGUUUGGAGGGACGGAAGUUGAGUGGAACGGCAUCCACCAUGAUCUUCUACAUCGACAAUCAAGGAAUUGCAAGUUCGGCGACGCCAGCACAGGUCUGUGAGCAGUUGAAGAAGAUGGUGAAGAGCAGCAGUCCUUCCCUGACCUCCGCAGUCAGCGAAGCUGGUGUCAUCAACGCUCAGGCUGGAGUCAACAUGGAGAUUUCCAGCAGCACCAUGCAGAGUCGAAGCCAAGCCGCUGUGGCUCAGAGGGAGAAGAAGGCCGGAGUGACGACUCGGGCACCAACAACCACCACUACGACGUCAACGUCCAGCACGCAGGCUGAUAGUACUGAUAGUACCACCACAACGUCAUCCUCUCAGAGUGAUGCAACCGCUGGUAGUACGACCACCACGAUCACGACCUCCACCACCACGUCUACCACAACAGCCGGUACACCUGAUGCUGCCACAACCCUGUUGGGCGACGGACUUUCCGACGCAGCAACACCAAGCUUUGGUUUGCUCGGAUAUCUUCAAUUUCUGCUCCUGGCUUCGGUCUUAGCUCUGCAGUGAGAAUAAGGUGAAGUCGGCACCACACAUAUUGCGUUUGAAUCGACACGACGAUUCCACCGAUGUUGAAUUCUGCGAAGCAGAAUUGCAUUGAAUUGCCAUUUUAGAACAUUUUAGAUCUUAUAUAAGAUUCCUGACCCUGGUGUAAGAUUAUGCAAGGAUCUCCACCGAUCCUUCC